AUGGCGAAUAUGAUUGCCGGGCCUAGUGAUGAUUUUGAGCCCAGCGGCGACCCAGAGGAGCCUAUCUUUAUAUUGGCCUGGGACUGUGACGACCUUCUUCAACAAUGCUUGCGCGAAGCAGCAGAAAGCAGCUACAUUGAAAUAGAGACAAUAGAAGAUUAUGAGCGACGAUUUACAGCAUGGCAGGAGUAUCUUGGGGUGUUUGCGGAGAAUAGAGUCAGCUUAGACCGCCGACUGUAUAAACAGCCUGAGAUUCAGGAUGUUGUUAUUCGCCUACUACUUAUCUUAAAGCGAAAUCUCGAUCAGCUAACCGAGGUGCACGAUGUUGCAUCAGGGAAUCAGGAGUCGAAAGUUCAACAUUCACCUGUUCGAGACCCAGAAAACCCUUCCAAUUUAAUUGACGUGGAUCUCAGCGUCGAUGAGAUUUCAUCAGUCAUAACCUAUUCUUGUGAAGCUAUUGAUGAGGCUCUGGUGGAGCUCAGUCAGGUAGCAGUCGCUAUCCGCCAAUCGUCAAAAAAUAGCGAAACAGCUCGAGCUCGAAAAUAUGCAUCGGAAAAUCUAGAUUUGACUUCAUUAGAAAUGAUCAGUGUCCUAGCACUAGAAAAGCUUUACCCUAGCGCCCCAGAGAGCCUAAUCUUUCAAAUAGCACAGAGCAUGAUAGACCGUUACGCUCGGUUGAAACUGAGAGCUUUUCGGCACGAACAACUGAAAGUAGAUAUCAGAUCACGGCCUCAAAUUCCCAAAUCGUUGUCGCCAACAGUUCGGGAGCAGAGUCAAGAAGAAUUUGUCACCAUCGAUAAUACGAAGCCCGAGACUUUAUUACCUCCGCAGAAUCUUCCUACCCAAAACCAGAAUAUCUUGCCACCAAAGCAUACAAAAAACCCGCAACUGGCUCCGACAAUAACAUCUGCGAACUGGACACAGUUCCAGGGAAAUCUAGACGUUCUCCGUGGCCCAAGGUCACGAUCUGGGACAACAGUUGUAUUAGCCCAAAAGAACGAGCCACCAAUACCACGAUUUAAGAGUAAUCAGGAUAGGAGAUGCCAAUGGUGCUUUACUAAAAUUGGCGACGACUAUAUCAAAGAGGGCCGCUGGACUAUCUCCGGAAGGGAGCAUUACUGUAAGGAUCUAGAGCCGUUCUUCUGCCUUUCUGAGGAAUGUGCAGGCGCGGUUCCAACAUUUUCAUCAAUAAAAAAAUGGAAAAAACAUAUGAUUAGACACCACCCAAGCUGGCCACAGCAUAUCCACUGGCAACCACUCUGGAAAUGCGAUUUGCAAAGCUCAAAUUUAUUACCUGAGGGCUAUCAAUUGUGUCAUGCUGAUACUCAUCUCUCUGAUAUCUUAUUCUCAGCUCCAAACAAAUUCUCUGCCCAUUUCAAAACUGUUCAUCGGAAGUUCUGUCUUGACGAAAACUAUGCUCCCAAAGAAGGGAAUAGUAUCGAGGAAGGAGACAGUCUCGAGGUCAGCCGUCAUGCCGCCCACAAUAAGGUCCUUUUUUCAGAAGAUACUAUUUCUUCGAUAGCAAAGGGCUCUAUUGUUGAGGACUUCCCUGAGGCGAAUAUUUGUCCACUCUGCCGUAUGAAAACUAAGGGAAUGGAGAACCAGGAAUAUUCGUCUAGUGGGCUCUCUCCCCGAGUCUCAACCGAAAUGGCAAAUCAUAUUGCAGAGCAUCUACAGAAUAUCAUGAUAUUAUCACUGCGGUUACUAGAUAGCCAGGAUACAGAAUCUUGCGACUUUAUGCCUCAUGGAAGCAUGACACUGACCGAAAGCUGCCAUAGAUCCCUGUCCGACUUCCAUGAAGAAGGCUCAGAUUCAAGUGAGCACCCGUCAUCUAGAUUUAGCCUCACGACUGAAAACAAUCGAGAAACAGCCGAGCCUAUCUUUCAAGAGCCCCCCGAAUCGGUCUCACAAGAUUGGUCUAUGGUCACGAAUGAUUUAUGGAGCAAUUACCCUGGUCUCGAUAAUAAUCCCGAAAAUGAUUUGAUUCUGAGAAACAUACAGUUAGGACAGAAAAAACAGCGUCUAAAAAAAUCCGGAGAACUAACUGUCUAUGACUACACUAUCGGAUGGAUUGGUGAGUGGUUUGGGGGCGCAAGUCUUGUAUUUGAUGAAUGUCAUCAGGACCCACGAGGUUUACGCUUCGAUUAUAGCCAUCGCUAUAACUGUAAAUUCGGCCGCAUUGGAAAGCACAAUGUUGUCAUUGCAUGUAUUAUGGCUGUUCUCUGGGACCCAUUUGCCAUAUAUGGGAUACGAGACCUUAUAGAACAGUCACAAAGUAUUUUCCCAGCAAUGAGAUUCUGGUUUAUUUUUGGUGGAAUCCAGAUCAGCCUCCCGAUGCGAAAUAUUCGCUUCGGGGAUAUUAUCGUCGGACAAUUAGAAAAAACUUCCCUAUCAGGGGCCCCGGCACCUCGUCGUUUCAAACGGAAUAUUAUUGAUUUUACUACCGCAGCCGCGAUCGCAAACUAUCCUACACUCACAAUUGAAAGUAUUGGUGUUAGAGGUUCACCAAACACACUACCGCCAAUUGCUCGAGAAGGGAUCUUAAAAACUCAAAAAUUGCCACCAGCAGUUUUAGGAAGUGAGGUACUGGUGAAUAUGAAGGAUUUCCAAGAGAAGGCGGCAUUUCUCGCAGAUGAAUUGAAAGGCCCGACGUCGACACGCACACGCGGACACGUAUCUUUGGAAAAGUUCUCCCCAGAUAUUAAUUCAGGGUUCGAUACCAUCCCCAAAAAUUAUGGAUAUAAAUACGAGGGUAAAGCCUCCGAGACUCAGCACAGUGGUUCAGAAAAUGACAGGAUUAUUUUCACUGGAUUCCAGUCAGUUAAUCUAGACAGCCAAUCCCCCUGUUUAUAUAUUGGCGGAUACACCGGACCUCGAGGACCGGAGCCAACUUGGCUGACAGGCGACCAUGAUUGGAUUGCAAUUAUAUCUUUUACAACCGCCGCAUACGGCAAAGCACUUCUCAAUAACAUCCAACCUGCGGAUAAAAGUGAAUAUAGACAAAGAGCCCGCAAGUAUGUCGAGACUAUAACAGAUAGACUCAAGAUAUAUCUACCUGACUUUGGAAACACCCUCAAUUAUGGCGUCAACGAAGCCGCCAUCGAACAAAUAAUCCCUCCAAAAGUACAAGCGGCCUGUCUUGGAUGGGUAUAUCAUCUAGGAAACACUAUGGACAAAAUUGAAGAUGGGGACUGGGUGCAUAAGUUCCUCGAGGAGAACUUCUUGGUUUGGAUAGGAUGUGUAAUCCUAUUAUGUGGCGCCGGCUCAAGUCUAGAUAUGGUAGUGUCUUUGAAGUCAAUGCUUACAAGAGACAAGGGUCAAAAAACAUCAAAGAUUUUGUCGCAGGCUGCAAUGCUCCUCCGUCAUUAUGGGAAGAGAGGUCCAUUGCAACUGUAUCGAUUUAAUCGUAAUAUAUGUUUCAAAGAGAGCUCAGCCAACAAAGAAGUCUUUUGCAUGGCAGAUGACAAGCCGUUUCCAAAUUCGCCUCCAGUUUAUUGGUUGCCAAGAUGGGCAGUUGCGAAAGUACUUCAAUAUCUUUCACCGACUGAAAUUAUAACCGCUAUUCAGAAUAUAAAGCCUUUUCGGACCGGUUUAGCUUUCUGGAAUUCAGGAGAGAUCAAAUUCGAUGGAGAGCAGCUUUCUUAUUUGUAUUCUUGGAACAACUACGCAUUGUCAAUCGCUGAAUCCGAAUCUAGCACUUUCCAAACUCCGGAUGUGAGAGAUCAAAUCAUUAAAGCCUUUGACAAACAGCUGGAGUCAUUGUUGAACACAACGAGGUUUCCCUUACCCUUGACCAACUUCAACAUCUGUUGGAUUGAAUUUCAAUACGUAUAUCCGGGCAAUAGAAAUCAUGAACUGGAAUGGGAGGACCUUGCAGCUAAGCUUACUUCUAUUCCCAAAAUAAUGAGGACUAUUGAACAGUUUUGUGCUGAAAUAGCGAUUACCAGUUCGGAACCCUUUAUCAAGUGUGACUUCGGAAUUAAACUAAAUGAUGAAGUCUUUACUGCAUGUCGUCUACUCCGCGAGGUUAUUUCUUCUGCGGAGGAGCCAAGAAAACCCAAAAAUAGAGAUGAAGAGCCGGUCUACGACAUACACAGAGCAGUCCAUUGGAUUACAGAAUUUGGUACAAGAGGAAUUAAAUCCCUUAAGGCUAUAAUGGGAUCUGAUACAGGAGUGAUUGCAAAGUAUUUGGCCAUUGCGAGUCAUUGUGGACCAGAUUUCUUGCCUAAAGUUUACAGUCGUCUCGUAGUACCAAGACGUAUAAAGGCCACUACUUUUGCAACUCUGGUAUUUACGUUAUCAAGUGGGUUUGGGAAAGCACUAAAAUUCCUCCACGACGACUUGGAAAUAAUAGAAACGUUAGAAAGCACUUCAGACGAAAAACUGAGACGGUGGGAGAAGUUCUGGGACGAUUUUCUUGAUUUUAUUUUGCCGCCACAGAGGGUCUCAGAGGUUAAAACCGUCGACGAUUUCAAAAAAGAGAUCAAUACAUUUGUAGAAUAUUCCAGGCUGGGAAGGUUUUUCCCACCGAAAAGCACAUUUAUCAAGAAUGUCGUCGACAAAGCGGUGAGCUUAGGCCAAGACCCUUCGAACUCACUCGACACCAAGGACUUAGCGAGGAUAGCGUUGUACCAGCCAGUCAUAUGUUAUGACGAUAGCGGAUCAAUGAGACAGGGCACCCGUCGGGACGACUUGAAAGAUCUCGUAAAAACAAUCGCUAGUGUCACUAGUAGAACAGCUCCUGAUGGUGAAGGCGUCGAAAUUAGGUUUAUUAACCAUCCUACCGCUCCCCACUAUAGCAAGCCAAGCUUGGACGCAAUAGACUCGAUAAUGGCAGAAGCGACGUGGGACGGCUGGACACCUAUAGGAACUAACCUUAAAGAAAAAAUACUCGAGCCACUUAUCUACUCGAAACUUAGAUUAAACAGUAACGUCCUCACUCGACCGGUUCUUAUAUGUAUAAUUACAGACGGAUGCCCAGAAGGAGGACCAAUGUCAAAAGAGACACGCGAUACCUUAAGGGAUAAUAUUGUCGAGUGUGGUAGAGUGCUUGCACAGCAUGGUUAUCAUGUAGAUGCUCAGAUUGGGGAGGAUGAAGAGGCUACGGCGUGGUUAGACGAAUUGAGAGAUGCAGGGCUCGAUCACGUUCUCUAUUGUGCCACCGUAGCAGAAGAACUCUGA